AUGGCGCAAUGGUACACCUUCGUAGGGUCGAAUGAGUACGACCCAGAAAUUCUUGUUGGCAUGUAUGACCAAUGGUUGUCGAGAUUAGAUUUCGGACCUACCCAGGCGGAAAGAGUCCUUGUCCACACACCUAUGAUGGACCUUGCCCACGAACGCCGCUUCGUGAUCAGCGAGACAGGCCAGGACUUUUCGAACUUUGAGGCGGAGCAUUGCCAUUGUGUGCAAUCCACGAUCGAACGAUUGCAAAACUUCUACUCGGGAUAUUCCAGCUACAACAAAGACGACACCGAGUUCGUUGCAGACAGAGACUUGGUUGGCCUUGCACCUCAACGGCAAGAGGAAUGCUACACCACGCCGCUGGCGCCCCAGGUGUCUCUCAAGGUGAAUGUCGACCUAGCAGAGCAAGAAAGUCAUCCAUCGAUGAGCUGGCCAGCCACACUACAGGACAGUACUCGCCAAACAUCAACAGCCGCUCGAGAGCCAGACUUUAUUGCCGCUGAUGAGACCGAUAUCGAUGACGACAUGGUCGAGCAGUGGCUAGAGGCUGCAAGGCGUGCUGGAAGGCAUUCUCGUCGCACAUCUCAUAAGCAGCCACGGCAGUUUGUACCUACGAAACUGCGUAGAAGCCUAAGGCCAGUCUCAAAGCUACAUGGCUCUCAGCAUAGCGUACCCACUGUCAAGACUGAACAACGACAGAUGUAG